CAGCGUGCGCUUGUUCUUCGAGGGUUAUGUAGGGUUUAUUAUCGACCCUGUACACACUGAAAGCUGUUUGGUCUGUCUGUGUCCUAUCCAUUAUUCGAGGAGCAGUUGGAAGAUUUUGUGGAUGUGGACCAGAGCCAAAUUGUUCUAAAUAUAUGGCUAUGAUGUGGACUAGUAUUAUGUUUUGUUCACACCGGGAGUUUUAACUCGCCGGAGUGAACAAAGUUUUACAUCCUUGGCGCUGUGCUUUUGAUGGCGUUCUUGCAGAAGACUGGAGACUACUGCCACGCGCAACAUCCCAGAGCAUAGACUGAUCCAGGGGAAGAUGCCCACUGCUUUGCCUUCUCAGCCUACUACCCUGCACUGAAGGGCUCCCUGCCUCCCAGGACUCUCCACCCCCUUAGAUCUCUCACCGUAAGACCCUCUCUCAGGAACUCUAAUGGGGUGAUUGGACUAACUAUUCCACUACUCUUCAGUGAAAGCCCCAAGCCCAUGGCUACGCUCUUCCUCAUCUAAACCAACCACAGUGACCCCAGAGGAUCGACCAACCCGAGGGCGGAUCUUUUCAAAGGAGGGAAAGGACUGAGAAGAGGAUUGAAGAGGAGUUUUCGGAGGAGUUCAGCCCACCAGUUACCGUGGCGUCCGUGGUCCACCAGUUUGUGUCCCCUGUGCGUCCCUGUCCGUGUUGCAUUCGCACCCCCAGCUGGGUAACGGUUGUCAACAUGGCCCGUAUGAACCGUCCGGCGCCUGCCGAGGUGUGCUACAAGAACAUGCGGCUACUCAUCACGCACAACCCCACCAACUCCACCCUGAACAGCUUCAUCGAGGACCUUAAGAAGUACGGAGCCACGACGGUGGUGAGAGUGUGUGAGGUCACCUAUGACAAGGCUCCGCUGGAGAAGGACGGUAUCACCGUGGUGGACUGGCAGUUUGACGACGGCGCGCCCCCUCCCUCUAAGGUGGUGGAGGACUGGCUGAGUCUGCUAAGGUCCCGUUUCCUAGAUGAUCCAGGCUGCUGCGUAGCUGUGCACUGUGUGGCUGGACUGGGCAGAGCCCCGGUGCUGGUGGCGUUGGCACUGAUCGAGAGUGGUAUGAAAUAUGAGGACGCCAUCCAGUUUAUCAGACAGAAGCGCCGAGGGGCGAUCAACAGCAAGCAGCUGACCUACCUGGAGAAGUACCGACCCAAACAGAGACUGCGCUACAAAGACCCACACAUCUUCAAGAACAAGUGCUGCAUCAUGUGACCCCCCCCCCCCCCCCCCCCCCCCCCCCCCCGUUCAGCCAAUCAUCUGCCUGCCACCGACUGAUCUGACCCGAAUGGAUACCGACGACGACGGACGAGUCCACAGCCAAUGCACUUUGUGACUGAACUUUUGAGAACUAUUGGAUUUAUAAAUCAUGAACUGAGCUGAGCAGCUCCACCAAAGGAAAGGUGUGAUGUCUCUCUGGUGCCUAAUGACAGCGCUUACUGAGGGGAUCGAUGGAUCCAGCCAAGACCUCCUUGCAUCUGACUUUUUAUCCAAGAGCCAGGCGAAGGUAGCUUGGAAUGGAUGGUGGCAAUAGGACGUUGACUCUCGCCACAUUGAACUCCAUCAUAACCAUUGGGUGGUGCCUCGCCGCAAAUGACUUGACUUGGUAAUUGUACCUCCAACACCCCUUGCUACCAAACGGUGGUAGCGCCUCAAAUCAUGGUCUGAAAGACAGCCAGCUUUAGCUGUAUGAAUAUAAAACCAAUGUGAAUCAUGGGAAUUAUUAUGUUUUUUGUGCCUGGUUGCCCUUUUUUGCCCUGCCCAGAGUAGGUUUUGGGCUGUUCUGUUCACUCCUUGUUCCAAUGACCUGAUGAUUACUGUAAUAUAUUUUUGUCAUGACCCUUUCUAGCUUGAAUAUUCAGUGGGCUUGCAGAUGAGAACAGAGGGGUUUGGGAUGGUUAUAGGGUGGGGUGCACUUGGAUGAUGACCAACAGGUUUAUUUGUACUGUACCUCAAUUUUUGUAACUGAUGUUAGGCUAGGUAGGACGGUUAUUCACUUACACUGGCUCACGGGUGUAUGGGAGGAAGCAGAGUUAAAUUUCCCCUAGACUCUGAUCUUGGGUCAGUUUUGCAGUUUCCCCACUAAUGUUAAGGUUAGGAUUUGGGGAGGGGAAGCUGAUCCUAGAUCUGUACCUAAGGGACAAAAAGCUACAAAGUGCUCUACGGUCAUAUCCUGUACUGAAUACGUGUCCCUCUCUCUCUCUACCAUACUCUUUGUUACACGGCAGCUGUACAUUGAGUCUACUCGCAGGGAGUUAAAUGCUGUUGCUGAAUUCAAGGGUCAUGUCGAAACACUUUGGUUUACCCCACCCCACCCCCAUUGGCAUAGUUGGUUAGGCCAACCAGAAUGAAUGCACGUUCUGCGUUUGUUAUCUAGCCCAGUUUCUCUAUCAGGUCAACUCUUGUACAGGUGUAGUCAGUUUACACCUCACCAGACACAGCCUUGUCUCUGUUUGCCGCAUUGAAGUCUGCCUUUUGAAGAAACCACCUUCAGCUAUAUAGAAAUAAAGUGUUUGUCAUGGAACUGCUCGUUCCUGGUGCGAUGAGCUGAGUGGGAGUAGUGUGAGACAUUGGAUUAUGUAAGAGGAGCGUGAAAAUAUGACACAGCAGUAGCAGUCAUCCACUUUGUUUUGAUUGACUCACUACUUUAAUUACUCCCCACGAAAUGCUUCCACCUGCUGGAGGUAAUGAGUAGCUACAGGGUGUGGAUUUAACUUCGAUCCAAAAUAUGGUAUAAUUAGCUGUAUUAAUAAUAAACCAUUUUGUUAUCAGAG